AUAAUCACAUUUCACCAGUUGUCUGAUAGACAUUUUAUUAAAAGGUGUAGCGCAACUGAACGUUAUAUUAAGGACAAUUACAGGAUUUAAAUGUGUAAAGAGGUUUAAAGCCUUAAGCCGACCGACUGUUGCCUCGAAAACACAGUGUGAAAAAGUUAUUUUCCGCCUCAAGCGCGAGUGAUUUCGGUUACCGUUAAAUACUCGGUCAUUCUGGUCUCCUCGUGUCUGCUGUAUAGGUGUCAGCUCUCGCCGGCAGAAAUGGACGAGCACUUCGACGCACGAGAUAAAGUAGAGAGGAAGGACCGGUGCGGCUCACGAGCAAACGGCGUUCCGAGCCCCGCCCACAGCGCGCACUGCAGCCUGUAUCGCACCCGCACUCUCAAGGCGCUCAGCUCGGAGAAGCGAGCCAAAAAGGUUCGCUUCUACCGUAACGGAGACCGCUACUUCCCCGGCCUGGUGUGCGCCGUUUCCUCCGAGCGCUUCCGCACACUGGACGCCCUUCUAGCCGAGCUGACGCGCGCGCUCACCGACAACGUGCACCUGCCCCAGGGUGUGCGCGUCAUCUACGUCAUCGACGGCUCGAGGAAGAUCAGCAGCGUCGAUCAGCUGCUGGAAGGAGAGAGUUAUGUAUGUGGCUCCACUGAAGCUUUCAAGAAGCUUGAUUACGUGAAGAACAUCAACCCCAACUGGUCUAUGAACGUGAAAGCUUCAGCAUCCACUAGAUGCCUGGCCACCCUCUCCAGCUCUAAACCGGGGCCCCAUGAAUUUAAAGAGCUCAAGGACUUCAUCAGGCCUAAGCUGGUCACUAUUGUACGCAGUGGUGUAAAGCCACGCAAAGCUGUUCGGAUUCUGCUUAACAAGAAGACAGCCCACUCUUUUGAGCAUGUCCUUUCUGAUAUCACGGAAGCCAUCAAGCUUGAUUCUGGCAUUGUCAAGAGGAUUUACACUGUCGAAGGAAAGCAGGUUACAUGCCUUCAGGACUUCUUUGGUGAUGACGACAUCUUCAUUGCAUGUGGACCGGAGAAGUUUCGCUACCGCGAUGACUUCCUGCUGGAUGAAAGCGAAUGCAGGCUGAUGAAAUCAUCCUCCUAUGGAAAGAGUCUUCUAAGUCGUGCGUCUCCCAGGACUAUGACACCCUCCAGAAGCAGCAAGUCACCAUCAGUGAACGGGACUCCAGCCAGCCAGCUGUCUACACUAAACUGUACGAAGUCACCCAGUCCGACUCCAGCCAGCCCAGGGAGCCUCAAGAAGGAGAAGGACAAGGCAGGCACUAAACGUGCAGCAUAACUUCACACACUCACUCAGAGGGGACAUAGAGCAAUGGGAUACCUAGAAAUGGGGAAUCUCCUGAACGAUGUAACACACUCUUACACUCAUUUGGCCAUCAGAGCUGUGUGUGAAAGCCCAGCAAAUUUGUUCAUGGAGACCAACCUCUGCCUUUUAGUAGUUUUGUAAUGAUGAAGUAGACACGCUGUCUACUGGUGGUAUUAGAGUGUACAACUUGAACCUUGUACGAGCAUGCAACUCAGUGGGGGUUGGGGUUUUACUGGCCACACUCACUUCACUGGUCUGAGUGGAAAUGGUUAAUGAUGUAUAACCACAUUGAAGUGUUCCAAAUUCUGCUGCAUUAGUUAAUGAGGAGGAAGUAAUAGUGUGUCCAAGCUCAAUCAAGACCCGUCACCAACCAUGUAAUUAUGUAAUUAAGUCAUUCAUCUCUCUCUCUCUCUCUCUCUCUCUCUCUCUCUCUCUCUCUCUCUCUCUCUCUCUCUCUCUCUCUCUCUCUCUCCCUCUCCCUUUCUUAUUCCUUUAUCAGCUUUAUAAUUAAGAGCACUAAUACUUUGCCCACAUUGUAUCUUAGGAUUUUCCACUGGUAAUCAACCUGGUAAGCACCAUUUAGUCUUCAUGUGGUGGUGUAAACAAAAUUGUUUGUGUUAGAUAAAAAGAUGAAUGAAAGACUGCUGUGAUGGCUUGCACCGUAGUGGCAAAUUGACCAUUAGUGGUUUUACAGGACGUCUGCAUCUCAGUCUUGCAUUGAGUUGAGUCUGUAUAUGGAAAAUCUGUGGUGCAGAUGCUGCUUAGUGAUAAAAACUCAGAUUAUUCUAAAACUGAACCUGAGCUAGAGAAAUGACUCUCUAUGCUUUCUGAGUUCACCCCACCCUGUUUUAUAUUCACCGCACAUAUCUACACCAGUCAGUGAUCACUGGAAGAGUGCUCGAAGCAGGAUGAUCUCAGUGCGCUUUGAUCUGCGGAGGAUUGCGAUGCACUACUUGCAGCUUGCCACCUCUCCAGAGGAAAUUUCUAGCAGUCUGAUAAUCGGCUUCAAGCAAGGCAGAAUCUUGAUGGCUUCAGAGCCAGCUGCCAUAUAAGUAGGUCACACUACGAAAAAAAGCUCACAUUUUGUGAAUGGGGUUGAGGAAGAUGAAAAGUGCUUCCGCAUAAAUUUAAUGCUGAGGCACUCCAGCACAGAAUGUUCCUGUUUUCUCAUUUAGAAAAAAGCCUGAAAUGGUGUGUGACCUGUGGCAUUUAUGCCUGGUUUUAACACUCCUACUUGUUUGGAGAGUUUCUGUUUCUUGACUUGAAUAAUAUGUGGCCCGCUGCAAAUGUUCUCCAGGGAUUCUUUGUCAUUGCAUACAUUAUGCACAGUUCUUAUUCUCCACAUCUCCUGCAGCACUGAAUUUGUGCUUAGCAUUGAACUAUUUUUACACAUCUGUUUUGCCUGGGCCAUCUCUCUAUAUAUGAGAUAGAAAUACACAGGAUUUUGCAAGACAUUUUGUUUUUGGAAAAUGUUAAGAAAAAAAAAUAAAUAUACAAAUGUUUUCAAUAAUAAGAAUAAAAAAAUAGUAAGAAUAUGAUGCUGUAGUAACAAUUUGUUUAAUUCCCAACAAAUGAACUGUCUAACCUUUAAAACAUAAGGCAUUCGUCUGGAGGGUUUUUUUUGGUCCCUGACACAAUUUAGUCUCUAUUGGGCAUGCACAAAGGUUUAACUUUUUGUGUUGGGUGGCAUGUGUUAAAUAGUAUGUGAUUAUUGGUGGUUGUAGAGUGAAAAGUGUAUAAACAGAGUAAUGUGGAAAAUAAUUUGGAAUUGGUUGGAGAGAGGGAUGAAGUGUAAGCUGUUACCACAGCAACAUCAGAUGAAUGGAAGAACAGAUAUGUGAAGACGAGUGGAGUUCAUUAGGGCAGGUAGUGUAGGAUGGAGUGAUACAGAGUAAUGAAAGACUGACUACAUAAGAAGAAUAAUAUUACUGAAUGAGUAGAAUCCAAUUCAGGUUGAUUAUGUUUUUUGGACCAGCGUCAAAGAGGUAUCAGUUCAGUGCUUUUAUAGAUUGAAUAGCAGUAUAGUACAUAAUCUGACCUAUUUUCAGCAUUACACAAGAGUGGCAACCGCCGCUGUAGGAUAGGAUUGUGCAUCUGAAUGUUUCAGUCCUUGGGUUCUUUCUUUUUUAUUUUUCUUUAAUCCCCUUUGGCUCUCUUUUCCUGAUGAAGCUGCAUAUUCCUUUAAUGUCUAAUGAAGCUCUAAUCAGUGCACAGAUCAACAAUAUGAUAUGUCCAUAAAGUUUGGAUCUGUCCCAGCUUGGCUGGUGUUUCAGUCAGCAAACAGAGAGAGAGAGAGAGAGAGAGAGAGAGAGAGAGAUAGUGAGAAAGAGAAAUAUAGGUAGCGAGAAAGAGAGAGAGAUAGUGAGAGAGAAAGAGAUAGUGAGAAAGAGAGAGAGAGAUAGUGAGAGAGAAAGAGAUAGUGAGAAAGAGAGAGAGAUAGCGAGAAAGAGAGAGAUAGGUAGCAAGAGAGAGAGACAGCGAGAAAGAGAGAGUGAGCGAGCACAAGAGAAUGAAUAGAUACUUCUACAGUUCAGGUUUUAAAAGGCAAGUCACAUUUUAUAUUUUGGGUAGUUGGUUUAAAUGAUGAUCACCUUUUGAUCCAUUGCAUCUCUUAUUUUGUAUUCUUUUCAUUCAGUCAGUCAGUUAAAUCAUUGCCUGGCUUUAUAACCCACACUGUCUGUUGAGUUGCAUGCUCUUCUCAUUUGUAUGUAUGUUUGCACAUUUUCUUGUCAUUCAUUUCACAGUAUUUGGUUUUGUCAUUUGUUUAUUUUUAAUUAAAACCUUUUGUUUGUGUGUGUUUCAUCCAAAUACAUGUGUAUCUGUGAUUUGUGUUCUGUGAAAGUACAUUUCAUGCUUUUAUGGUUUUGUGAGUCCAUCUUACAGUAUCAUGAGGAGCAUCACAUUGUACACAACAGAUAAGUGGUCAUCAGUUUCAUCUCGUUUUCUCACACAACUGAGUUACAUGUUUGCAGUGUUUGCUCAUUUUGUCUGUGUUUCUAUUCUGUUUAUUUUCCAACGCUUUCAUUAGAACAGAUAUUUGGAUUAUGUUGUAUUACAUAUUUUAAUCCUGCCUGAGUAAGAUCCAUUUGAUUUGUUUGUAUUUUGAUCAUUGUGUUCUGCCUGGAUUCAAAUACAUAAUCUCUGUGUUCAGUAAGAGAAAUGAAGAAACAAAGACAAGCUGUAAGGUUUUGUGUCCUUCUGUUCUUUGUUUCUGAAUUGGAUUUAAUGUACAAUCUGAACUUGUGGCAGAAAGUAAAGAAUCAUGGGAUGUCAUUUGAAAAUAAACUUCAGUGUGAUUGUU